AUGAUGUCUGUCUGUGGACAUUUUGUCAUCUUUUUCAAGUGCACAGCCCUUCUCUCUCUAAGGAUUGUACUUCUCGUGCCUGCAGGUUUGCCAGUGCGCAGUCAAAGCGUUUCUCAAUCCGAUAAAAAUUUCCUGGGCAACAUUACCGUCAAACAAGGAGAGACCAUCUUUCUCAGGUGUGCACAGGGGGAAAUUGUCACACACACAGCAUGGCUUAAUCGGUCAAGUAUACUAUAUGCCGGAGAUGAGAAAUGGUCCGUGGAUCCGAGGGUGAGUCUGGUGACACUAAAUCAAGAGGAGUUUACCAUCAAGAUUGAAAAUGUGGAAAUGACAGAUGAGGGGCAGUAUGUCUGUGCUGUACAGACCAGCCGGCGACCUACAACCAAUAUAGUGCACGUCCUCGUUCAAGUACCACCAAAAAUCACCAAUCUGACAAGAGACAUUGUGGUUAAUGAGGGCGCCAAUGUCACCGUGCUGUGUCAAGCCAUUGGUAAACCGGAGCCAACUAUUACCUGGAAACUCAUCUCAUCUUCAGGGGACCUUUCAACAGAUGAUGCGUACCUAGAAAUCUCAUCUAUCACCAGAAACAGAGCAGGAACAUACGAAUGCACAGCUGUCAACGAAAUCGACACAGAUGUCAAAACCGUAGAUAUCACCGUCAACUAUGCUCCAACUGUGUAUGACGGAAGAGAUAUUGGUGUUACCCUGGGACAAAGAGGAGUGCUGGAAUGUGAAGCUGAUGCAGUGCCUGAGGCAGAUUUUGAGUGGUAUAAAGAUGACAGAAGAUUCCUCAAUGGCUUUGACGGGAUGGAGAUUGUGAACACUGGAUCACUGUCCAAACUGACAUUUUUUAAUGUGUCUUAUGGUGACUAUGGUAACUACACCUGUGUUGCCAUUAACAAACUUGGAAGCUCUAAUACAAGCAUCGUUAUGUAUGGACCGAGAGCAGUUCAGGAUGGCAAUGGCUCCACACUGGGUGUGCACCUGGACACCUGCCUCCUUUUUAUAGUUUUUCUGUUCUUGCUGCUCAAACUUUGA